GCACUGCCAUUUCCCGCCAAAAAAACCUUAAGGGCGAACCUCGCUCAAUUCAUAGGCUCCACUUUCUCCUGUACAUUCUCACACAACAAAGAAGAACCAAGACCUAAUAGAUCUCUUAUCGAUCGAGGGAGGCAGAAAGAGAGACACAGAGAUGUCUGGUUGGGACGAGGGUGCAGUGUUCUACAGCGACCAGGCUCAGUUUCCGCGCGGCGGCGGUGAUCCAGACCAUGGCUCCCUCACCCACCACGCCUCCCUUCGCAAGUUCAAGGAGUUCGUCCGCGGCUUCUCUGGCGAGAAGGGUGAAUUUCCCUAUCGCGAGAGUCUUGUGCACAAUUCGGAUCACCUGACUAUCGCCAUGGAAGACAUGGAUGCGUUUGAUGCAGAGCUGGCUGACAAAAUCCGGAAGCUCCCUGCGGAGUAUUUGCCUCUGUUGGAAUCUGCGGCUGCUGAGGUGCUGGCGAGUCUUCGGUCCAAAGUUGCCGGCGAGACGGGGGAGAUGGAGGAGCCUGCAACGGGAGAUGUCCAGAUUUUUCUCUCAUCCAAGGAGAACUCCGUUUCCAUGCGUUCCGUUGGGGCUGAGUACAUGUCAAAGCUUGUGAAGAUCGCUGGAAUCACAAUCGCAGCUUCUCGAGUAAAGGCCAAAGCAACUUAUGUUACUCUCUUAUGCAAGAACUGUAAAAACAUCAAAACUGUGGCUUGCCGUCCUGGACUUGGGGGCGCCAUUGUUCCAAGGUCCUGUGAUCAUGUUCCCCAGCCCGGCGAAGAGCCUUGUCCAUUGGAUCCAUGGAUUAUUUCACCUGAUAAGAGUAAAUAUGUAGAUCUUCAGACACUUAAGCUGCAGGAAAAUCCAGAGGACGUCCCUACUGGAGAACUCCCUAGAAACGUGCUCCUCUCUGUGGAUCGUCACCUGGUUCAAUCUGUUGUUCCAGGCACAAGGUUGACAGUUAUCGGCAUUUAUAGUGUGUUCCAAGCAUCUGCAGCUCAGAAAGGAGCUGUAGGAGUUAAACAACCUUACAUUAGAGUUGUUGGUAUGGAGCAAACACGUGAAAUGAGCUCAAAUGGCCCAUCCAACUUCACUUUAGAUGAGGAAUUGGAGUACAAAGAAUUUGCGCAGAGGCCCGAUGCUUACACGAAGCUAUGCUCCAUGAUUGCUCCUUCAAUUUAUGGUCAUCCUGAUGUGAAGAAAGCCGUUGCUUGUCUGUUAUUUGGAGGCUCAAAGAAGAGGUUGCCGGACGGCGUGCGACUAAGAGGUGAUACCCAUGUUCUACUGUUGGGUGACCCAUCAACUGCAAAAUCACAGUUCCUCAAGUUUGUGGAGAAAACCGCGCCGAUUGCCGUCUAUACUUCAGGAAAAGGUUCAUCCGCUGCUGGUCUUACUGCUUCUGUCAUUCGUGAUAGUAGUUCGAGAGAAUUCUAUUUAGAAGGGGGCGCCAUGGUUUUAGCUGAUGGUGGGGUUGUCUGCAUUGAUGAAUUUGACAAGAUGAGGCCUGAAGACAGAGUUGCUAUACAUGAAGCCAUGGAGCAGCAAACUAUAUCCAUUGCGAAGGCAGGAAUUACUACUGUUCUGAACUCCAGAACAUCUGUGCUUGCAGCUGCUAACCCUCCAUCUGGGCGAUAUGAUGAUCUGAAGACUGCACAGGACAACAUUGAUUUGCAAACUACAAUACUUUCCAGAUUUGAUCUGAUUUUUAUUGUAAAAGAUGUUAGAUUGUAUGAGCAAGACAAGCAAAUCGCUAGUCAUAUUAUAAAAGUUCAUGCCAGUGCUGCCGCAGCAGCCAAGACAGAUGAAUCUAUGGAAGGAGAAAAUUGGCUGAAGAGGUACAUUGAGUAUUGUAGAGGUAGCUGCCAACCACGGCUAUCAGAAAAGGCUGCUGAAAUGCUACAAAACAAGUAUGUGGAGAUCAGACAGAAAAUGAGACAACAGGCAUAUGAGACAGGGAGAUCUUCUGCAGUGCCCAUUACAGUGAGGCAGCUUGAAGCCAUCAUAAGGUUGAGUGAGGCUCUUGCAAAAAUGAGAUUGAUAUCUGUUGCUACUCAAGAGCAUGUGGAAGAGGCGUUCAGACUGUUCAAUGUUUCCACCAUGGAUGCUGCUCGUUCCGGUAUAAACGAGCAUCUGAAUUUGACUCCUGAGAUGGCCAACGAAAUCAAGCAAGCUGAGGCGCAAAUAAAGAGAAGGAUGGGGAUUGGGAGCCACAUUUCUGAAAGACGCCUUAUUGAUGACCUUACCAGAAUGGGAAUGAAUGAAUCCAUUAUUAGGAGAGCUAUACUGAUUAUGCACCAGAGGGAUGAGGUCGAGUACAAGAGGGAGAGACAUAUUAUUGUACGCAAAGCCUGAGAUUUCUGAGAAUCUUUUAACCGUUGAAUGAAAUCUGGGUGAUAUGAAAAACCUCACAGUGGUGUGUUAAUCAACUCCAAUGCCUGAUUAUGAUUGAUAAAUGUGCACACGCAACAAAUUAUAUAUUUACAUGAAUUAAAUUUUUGGUUGGUGGCACUUUCUACUGAUUUUCUAAUUGCAUGCAUUCAUCAACUGACAUUCAGAUUAUUGCAUAUUGCCAACAAUUUUAU